AACGGCAACCAGCUGCCAGUCGAGUUGGUUCACCGACUGGUCGCAUCUCGGAUUGUCUCGCUUGGCCCGCGUUUCACUUCUUCUGGUUUAUAUCUACCCAAAGGAUUUUUUUUUUUUUAAUAAUCAAGACUGGGAGGACUACAGCACACUAAAGAGGUAACAUUUUAACAGAACCUGUUAGUCAACUUGUCAUUGUGGUACAAACAUGACUGAGGUGGCGCAGGUUGCGGCUGUAGUCGCCCGCGACAUGAAUGAUGUCAAAAAUGAAGACGAACACAACAUGAGCGAUGCAGAAAACAAGGAAGAUGAUGUGGUAGUUAAUGAAGACAACGCAGCCGAGGAGAAAAGUGAGAAGACGUCACACACAGACGAAAAACCUUGCCACAUGGAUGACGAGGCGAGUAGUGAGACUGACAAGACACACGUGAACGGUGUGGAACACAAAGAAAACGACAUAGCCGAUGAGAAAAAUGAAAGAUCAGAAGCUGUUAAUGGUUUAGCACAGGACACAGAGAAGAAGGAGGAUGACCAUCCUGACACAAACAAAGACCAGAAUAUUUCUGAUGUGACACUUAAGAAAGAGAAACUCAUCCGAUCCAGAAAGCCAGUGGCCAGAAGCUACGUGCCAAAGCUGAACAAAGACAAGGGGGAUGUGAAGAGCAAGUUUGAGGCCAUGCAGAAGGCCAGGGAGGACCGCAGCAGGCAGAGGCACAACGAAGAGCAGCAGAAGAGGAAAGAGCAAUUCAUCAAGGAGAGAGAGUGGAAUCGCAGGAAGCAGCAGAUAAAAGAACUACUCGCUUCCAGUGAUGAGGAAGAAGAGGUGAAGCCAGCAAAGGUAGAAAAAUCCUACGUCCCCAAAAUCACAGGUAGUGUGAAGGGGAAGUUUGCAGAAAUGGAAAAACAAAGACAAGAGGAAGAAAGGAAGCGGAUGGAAGGAGAGAGGAAGAAGAGGGAAGCUCAGGACAACAUGGAAAAAGCCAAAAUAAAGAAAGAAUUGGCUCAGAAAGCUGCUGAGGAAGGAGAUGACACAAUCCUGGUGAGGGUGGUUCCAGCGAAGUCAUCACGACCUCCGGGCAGAAUCAAGGUGAACUUUGAAGACAUGGAGAAGAACCGAGAGGAGGAACUGCAGAAGAAGGCAGAGGAAGAGAAGAAGAGACGAUACGAUGAAAACAAACGCUCCUUCCGGGAUGCAAAGCGACGCUCAAUUGUUCAACAGGAUGAAGAAGAGAAGCCUUCAGAAAAGGCACAGGUGACUCCUGGAAAGCUAAAGCUGACAUUUGAGGAGCUGGAGAAGGAAAGGCAGGAGCAGAGAAAGAAGCAGGCUGAGGAGGAAGCCAAACGUCGCCUGAUAGAGGAGAAGAAAGCUUUUGAAGAGGCCAGGCUGGGAAUGGGAGAAGAUGAGGAGGACACUCAGGCAGCUCUGGAAGACAAGGAGGAGUUCCGACCUGGAAAACUGAGGUUGAGCUUUGAAGAGGUGGAAAGGCAAAGGGUAGAAGAAGAGCGCAAGAAAGCAGAGGAGGAGGCCAAGAGACGAAUGGUGGAGGAGAGAAGAGCUUUUGCUGAAGCCAGGAAGAGCAUGCUUGUAGAUGAGGACGAUGAGGUGCUGAUGGCCUUGCUGAACCUGGAGGGCAGUAAGCCCGGGAAGAUAUGUGCUAGUUUUGAGGAGCUGGAACGCCAGAGAAGAGAGGAGGAGCAGAAGAAGGCAGAGGAGGAGGCCAAGAAGAGACUGGAAGAGGAGAAAAGGCUCUUUGCUGAAGCCCGCAAGAGCAUGAGCCCUGGCCUGGAUCAGGAAAGGUCUGCAUAUGGAGAUGAAACAGCACUAGAUGAGGAAGAAGGGAUGGUGAAGAGUGAAUCUCAGGAAGCACUGCACCCAAGAAAACUGGAGAUCAACUUUGAAGAGCUACUGAAAGAGAAGGAGCAGGCUGAGAGGAGACGUAAGGCAGAGGAACGCAAAAAGAAGAUGGAGCAGGAGAAGCAGGAAUUUGAACAACUCAGACAAGAGAUGGGCGAGGAUGAAGUGAACGAAAGUGCAGAUGUUGUAAGCAAAGAGUAUGAAGAACUGACCAAGCUCAAGAGGACUGGCUCCAUCCAGGCCAAGAACCUCAAGUCCAAAUUCGAGAAGAUCAAGCAGCUGACUGAAGAGGAAAUUCAGAAAAAGAUUGAGAUGGAGAGAGCACGGAGGAAGGCCAUUGAUGAUGAAAUUAAAGAGAGAGAAGCUGAGCGGUUCCAGGAGGAGGAUGAGGAAAGAGAAACGACUCCAGUGAGGCCCGAGGAGUCACCAUUCAAACAGAAGGUGGACAUGCGAGCCCGAUUUCAACAAAUGGCCAAAGCCAGGGAGGAGGAGGAGAGGCGGAGAGUAGAGGAGCAGAAGCUGCAGAGGAUGCAGUUUGAGCAGCAAGAGAUUGAUGCUGCCCUCCAAAAAAAGAAGGAGGAUGAUGUAGAGGACGAGGGUAGCAUCAUCAACGGCUCUGCAGCCUAUGAAGAUGAGGAAGAUCAUGCCAGGUCAGGGGCUCCGUGGUUUAAAAAGCCCCUUAAAAAUCAAUCGGUGGUGGACUCGGAGCCAGUUCGGUUCACCGUUAAGAUCACCGGGGAGCCCAAGCCGGAGGUAACCUGGUGGUUUGAGGGAGAGAUGCUCCAGGACUGUGAGGACUAUCAGUAUAUAGAGAGAGGAGAGACUUACUGCCUCUACCUGCCAGAGACCUUCCCAGAGGACGAGGGAGAGUACAUGUGCAAGGCUGUGAACAGCAGAGGAACAGCAGCGAGUACCUGCAUCCUUACAAUAGAAACUUAUGACUACUGAUGCCCUUCCAUGUUCUGGAAACUUUCCCUGUUGUCUCUCACUCCUUUUAUAAAACUUCGUCCCUCAUGGUAUGGUCAAACAGCAGAGGGAAGAAAAUAGCAGUAUGCUUGGCAUUCCUAAGGGAGGGAUACACAACACAAGAAAAAUGCAAGAUGUUGUUUACGUAUUUCUCAAAUGUAAAGCUGCACUCCCUGUUAGAGUAGGAUGAUACCUGUGCCAAAAAACAGACACCAUUCUUGUUCGUUCUUGUUCAAAACUAUCUUCGCUGCAAGGCCCUUGCAAUAUUUGUGAUACCAGCCAUUUUUAAGUAUCAUAGCACUGUAUUGUAAAUAUCACACUUUAUGGUCCACACAUGGCAAACAUUAUGCUUGAGACAUUGAAAUGUAAAAGGUAAGAUGUCCUUGUGUGCUAAUUUUGAAGAACAAGAUACGGGAAUAUCAGUGAAACAUCUUACAUGCUUGCUUGGGUAUUCUACUACUGCUCAACAAUUUCAUCAGUAUUAAUCAGCAUGUAGUCUUCUGUACUCUUUGCCAUAUUAGUUAAUGAUAUUGUGAUACUUGCCUGGUAUUAUAUCAAGGGGUAACAUGUUAGUCAUCAAUCCACAGUGAAGGGUCUAUUGACAAUGAUAUGACAUUGUAAUGGCAGUCACAUAUUGCAGAAACGAAACAAUUUGAACCCACGUGUAUAUCCUGAUUUUCAGUGAAACUGUUUAGGUCCAGAUUAAGUGUUUUUAAACUGCAGCAUCUAAAAAAGAUUAAUAUGUUGAUUUUUCAUGUACCAUCCCCCUUUUUCUUUUUGAGUUAUAUGUAAUACUCUAAAUACAGUUGUGUUGGACAGUAGGUAACCGUUUUAUGGUUUGAUAAUGAAAACAAACAUAGGCUAACCUGAAUAUUUGUCAUAUAUUAUAAAUGAAAAUGUUUUAAUAAAAUGAAUGAAAAUAA